AUGCCUUCCAAAUUCAUCGAACUUCUCGAUCCUGAAGACUCGCCUCUGAAGAUCUCCGACUCGGACGUCCGUCUCGAGGAUGUGCUCGCCUCACACGACGCGUUCGUUAGCCGCCGACGCUCCUCGACGCAGUCCUCCUCCAAAACCAGCAUCGAGAAAGGCAUUGAGAAGGACCGCGAGCAGUCCUCGUCGCCGCCGCAGCGCUGGAAGCGAUUGAGUAAUAUCUUGGUUCCGGCGAAGAGGGCGUGA